AUGGCUGAGCCGACACCACCACCAGACACAACAUCAUCAUCCGACGCCGCGGCCUUGGCCAACCUUCAGGCUGACUACGCCGCGCUUGUCGCCAAAAUCACGCGACUGGAGGCUUCGCAAUCGGCUGCCAGCGCGCCCGCCAAACAAGAAAAACCGACCGACGGCAUGCCGUCCACCAUCGUCGUCCCGGAAGCCUACAUGCUCAAAGGCCGAGAGAACUUCGUCGAAUGGGAUGGCUUUCUCAACAUGUUCCUUCCCGACGACGUCUACAACUACCUCACCGGGGGCAGAGAUAACGUGAAAUGGACCGACGCCUACUACGCACGCGGACAAGAGUACGCAUCGCGGGUCCUCAUCGCUUCCAUCGAUCCGAUCUGCUCCUCGGACAUCAUUCCGAUUCGCCAGAUGAAAGGCACGGCACACGAGUGCUGGCUCGAACUAGCCAGUCGCUACCGCCCCAGCGACGCUCAAGCCGCCGCGACCCUCGUUGGCGAGUUCUGGAACCUUCCGCCGAUCCCCACGACCGAAUCGGGCUUCAAUCAGUGGGCUGGUCAUGUCCGCAUCAUUGUCAACUCAAUGCGAAACCUGAACAUCGAUUUCGAACAAAUCCUUACCGCACGCCUACUCCUCAACAUGCCGCAACUUUACAACAAUUGGAAAUCUACCUUCAACCAGCGUCAGGCCGCGGCCACCACGCUCCCAAAAAUCGAAGACCUCAUCUUCUCCCUUCGCCGUGAAGUGAGAUCGAUGGGCGAACACCCCAUUAACGGCGCCACACCAGCAUACAUCGUGUCUCCUCAGCACUCUCAAAACCGAUCCAAUGCGAGGUCUCAGCGACCGAACGAAGCCUCUAGCCCCUGCCCCGUAUGCGACGAAGGCAAACACUGGGCUGAUCAAUGCCCUGACACCGACCGUCGCCGCAAGUACUUCGAGCUUAAGUCGGCACUUCGAGACUUAAAACUUCAGAAGUCGACCACCUCCCCCUCAAACCACGAAAAUGUCUCAUCCUUCGUAGCCAUCCCCGCCCCGGCACCUUACGUGACGGCGCCGCCUUCGUCCCACGAACUCGACGACUUCUUCAUGUCGUUACACACCACAACUCCAAAUGCCACUCAACAGACAGACUUCCUCCUUGAUUCAGCGUCUUCGAGCAGCUGGUAG